UAAUAAAACUCCAUCGAGGACCACCUUCUCUCUAUGUCCAUCACGGCGGAACAAAACAAUAAGAUGUUCUUGAAACCUUAUCAUCGCCGGAAUGACUCCGACGAGCUAGAUGUUUUUGAGGCCUCUCGCUACUUUUCGGGUGCGACGGAGUUGUCGAACGGGGUCAUCCCGACAUCCCAUAAGAAUGGUGAACAAAGACCACGUGUGUGGAGAACCGGUUGUCCUAGGAUGAGUUUAGACAUGCCGAAUACGAGAUCAGGCACGAAUAUCACAUCUUUGGAAAACAAACAAUCGACAAUUAUUAAUAAUAUUAACGUUAAUAAUAAUAAGGAGAAGAAACACAAACAACCAAGUUCACCAGGUGGGAAAUUGGCUAAUUUCUUGAAUUCUCUAUUCAACCAAACGUCGUCUAAGAAGAAGAAAUCUUCGUCGUCGUCUAAAAUAUCGUCUACACAAUCAAUGAAGGAUGAUGACGAAAGCCCUAGUGGAAGAAGGAAGAGAAGGAGUAGCAUAAGCCAUUUCAUAGGCUCAAAUAAUAAUAUUGAUACGAAAUCCGCCAUUAAUACGCCGAUCAAAGUUAUCACUAUACCAAGUAAGAUAAUGAUGAAACCGGCGACUUCGAAUGUGACAAGAAACGACGUCGUGGGUACAGAUUAUGCUUGGUUGAAUGAUAAGCUUCAAUGGGUAGACAGAAAACAUAGGAUUUAUGCAAAUGGGUAUUCGGAUAAAUUAAUAUUAGAUGAUUAUAAGAAAGAAUGCCGAGUACCCAUCAGAUCUACGGUGGAGAAUGAACUAGAUGAUGAUGAUGAUGAUGAUGUGGAUGAGGAUGGACGAAGAAAUAGUGAUUCAAGUUCUGAUCUUUUUGAAUUGCAGAAUUAUAAUCUGGGUUAUGAUUCAUGUGGACUUCCAGUUUAUGAGACAACAAAUAUGGAUAGCAUCAAGAGAUCGGCAGCAUCAGUACUACCCAUUUAGAAAAGAUACAAUUUUUAUUUUCAAAUGAUCUUGAUCUUGAUCUUGAUGAUGAUGAUGAUGAUGAUGAUGAUGAAGAUAGGGUUCAAAUCGAUGAUCAGAUGUGGUAUCUGAUUUUUUUUGCUCUAUUAAUUCAUCGAUCUUUAUAUUUUUCUUCCAUCAUUUAUCC